CAUGCGUCAGCGAAUGGGUACUCCUCGGCCAUGCGUCGGCGAAUGGCUACUCGGUGUCUGGUUGUUGGGAGUAUAUAUCUCCAGAUGCAUAUCGGAAUGUGGAAGAUAGGAAGCCGGAGCCGAAAGAGGAGAAAUGGGGAUGCCCCUGUUCCGAUUGCCCCAUCUCCGCCGCUUAUUCUUCUCUCGAACCUCCCUCCUCCGGUUUAACCAAACGAGACUCCUCACUCAGCAGCAGGAAAGCCGCCUCGAAGAAGCUGGCCCUCUUGCCUGCCGCCUCGCUUCCCGUUCAGUGAUACGAUUUCGGGGCCCCGACACCGUCAAGUUCUUACAAGGCCUACUCACUAACGACGUCCUCCCUCUUGUGGACAUCGGCCAAGGCGGCGAUCGGAACUCAUCCUUUUCUUCAUCAUCUGCCUCCUACUUGUCGACGGCUAAUUUGUCUUUCCAUUCUCCGUCGCCGAGAUACGCGGCGUUGCUCACUCCUCAGGGUCGGUUCUUUCUUGAUCUCUUCCUUUACCGGCUGCCGCUACCGGAGCAGAAGUUUGACAAGAGUGGGACCGGCCCGGGACCGCGAGAACAGGAGGAGGACCUCACUUUUCAUGCGGAUGUGGAUGCUUCCAUCUUGGAUGAAAUUUUGGAUUGCUUCAGAAAAUACAAGUUAAGGUCCAGAGUUGAUAUUGAGGAUGUGAGUGAAGAGUUAUAUUGUUGGCAACGGUUUGGAGGAAAGCAUUCUGAAAUUGAACCGAUUCAGGAGCCAGAGGCAGCUUCGGUUGGAUGGGGAGGUGGUGUUGAUCAAUCUGGCAUGUCGUCUGCUCAUGGAAAUGAUGAGGGUUGGCAAUGGUACAGAGAUCCUCGGCUCGAAUGUUUAGGUUUUCGAGGAAUUUUUCCAACCAAUACAAUUCCGCCACUGGUUGAGGCUGACAAGGAAGCUGAUGAAAAACAUUACCUCUUAUGGAGAAUAGAGAAAGGAGUUCCGGAAGGAUCAACUGAAAUUCCAAAGUGUGAGGCUAUACCCCUUGAAUACAAUCUGGAAGGGUUGAAUGCCAUCUCCUUCAACAAGGGGUGCUACGUUGGCCAAGAGCUUGUCGCUCGAACGCAUCACCGUGGUGUCAUCCGCAAGCGCUUGCUUCCAUUGAUAUUCACUGACGAUGCUGGCCACGAGUUAGCUCAACAGGUUUCUGCAGGCUCCGAAGUGGUAUAUAAAGAUAAUAACAGGAAGGUUGGGACAGUCAAUACUGCUAUGGGAAGCCGAGGAAUGGGAUUAUUGAAAUUAGAAGCAAUUCUAAAGCAGCCAUCAGCUCUGGCUAUAAAAGAUAGAAGAGAUGUGAGGGUAAAGGCUUAUAGGCCUGAGUGGUGGCCUGCAGAAUGGACGCAGUUGGAUGAACGGCAGAGUGUGGCAGAUUGAGAUGAAGAUUGUUGUAGCUUUGUUCUGCUGACUUGAAGUUAAAAGCAAAGAUUUGAAAGGCAUACAUUAGAUUGAGAGCUUUUAACUGUAAACCAAAUGGUCUUGAAUUCAAGGACUUAGUGUAUUCGAUGGCGUAAUUUGCGAGAAAUUAUUCCAUACGGAGUACUUACGCAGCUAUACGUGCAGACUCCAAUAAUAAACUCCACAGUUCCGCUUUAAUUUUUUUUUAGUUGGGCCCAAUAUAACACAGAUGUCGGCAUAUUACUGGAGUUCACACGUAGAGCUGCAUACGUACUCCGUAUGAAAUACUUUCACGUAAUUUGCAAUUAGAUUUUGCUCAAAUGUUAGUUUAUUUCCAUAAAUUAUAAUUUGGUUAUUGAUUUAGAAUUAGUCACAUCUUUUUGUAAUAAUGUUUAGAAACGUUUAAUAUGUUUUAAUGUUAUAG